UUAUCAAGUGCGGCACUAGAAAAGAAUGCACGGUAACUGUUUACAAAGGCAACGCUCAAACGCAUUGCUGUGGUUGAGCAGUGGUAAAGGUGUUAAAUACAUCAUUUUAGCAAAAUAAAAAAGUGAAAGUUGGAGAAAAAGUCAAGACAUGUUUUAGAUAACUAUUUUUGUUAAAGAAAUUUGUCUAGUUACGUCAAAAUGUCUCAUGAGUUCAGCGACGAAACUUUGGAUCCAGUUGACUUCAAGUCGAGUUGGAAAAAGGAGAGGUCAGUCAAUGAAGAGGGAUGCCAAACAAAAGACAUCCAUACAGAGAGCGUUGAGAUCCAGUCUUAUGAAGUUUUUGAUCAGGAAGUACAAACGGAUUUAGAUGGCGAUAAAGGAUAUUAUCAGCUGUCAGAAUCAGAAAAUCAGGACCUGGCAGACUUCCUCCAUUCUGUUGAGCCAAUGGUUAUGAAGUGUUUGGCAAACAACUUGAAGAGCCAUGCUUUUGAUGGAGUCGUUAAUCAGCAAGAUGCUGCAACUGAUGCAGUGACUUGUGUGCAUACCUUGUGUAAUGCAGAACUGAAGGAAGAGCUACAAAUCACUGGUUUGUCUUGGAAUGCCACAGGGUCAACUCUUGCAGCGACAUACGGCAGGUUUGAUCAUGAGGAUUGGUGUACGCACCGCUCUACUCUGUGUACAUGGAAUCUGGAUCGCCGUGCAGUGAAGGAAGACAAACCUGACACAGUCAUCGACUCCCCUUGUUGCCUCAUGUGUUUAGAGUUUCAUCCUGUCAAUCCUGCAUGGCUAGUAGGAGGAAAUUUCAAUGGAGAAGUGAUAGUGUGGGAUCUGAGUCGAGAGGAUGACUUGGUGGUUGCCACAUCAGGCAUUGGCAAUGACGCCCAUCGUGAGCCAGUGUCCAAAGUGCACUGGAUCAAAAGUCAGUCCUCAAAACGGAGAGAGUAUGAUAUUAUAAGUGUAAGUGGAGAUGGAAAAGUUCUUGUGUGGAAAGUUGAUUUGAAGAAAGGAAGACUCAAACUCUCUUACGGUUUUGUCGUGAUGUCUCAGAGUUUACCAAGGUCCAUGAAAGUGAGGGGAGUCAGAGGGGACAAAGAGGUCGGUGUCACGAGUAUUUCUUUCAGCUUUGAUGAUCCUGACCUGUUUGUCUUGGGCUCGGAAAGUGGGUGCAUUUUCAAGUGCAACCUUCAUGCCAGUGGGAACCCUGCAGGCAGUCAUAUAGUUUCAUCUGUUCCGCUCAGUUCUCCUGUAACUUUCACCUACAACCCCCACCACGGCCCAGUUCACUCUGUGGAUUGCUCCAACUUUCACCGCAAUGCAUUUCUGAGUGCCGGUAUGGACCAGUGUCUUCGGAUUUACAACAUGCUGCAGACCCAGCCUGUCCUGACCAUUGAACCAGACGAUGGCUAUCUCUUCUCUGCCAAGUGGUCUCCAGUGCGUCCGGCUGUUUUAGGCGCAGUCACUGAGAGAGGAAAUUUGCUGCUGUACGAUCUGAGGGGUGGUCAAAUGAUUCCUUCACACAAGCUCGAAGCCAGCCCUAAUAAAGCUCCUGUCUACAGUUUACAGUUCAAUCAUCACCAGAAGAAGAUUUUAGCGACUGGAGAUGGCCAGGGCUACAUCCGAGUGUUCAAACUGGGAUCAUCUCUUACCUCCAUGUCUGGGAAAGACUUGGAAGUUCUAGAGGGAAUGGUCAGCACUGGGACGGAAUAAACCAUGCGAAGAAAGACAACGUGACAGAGCAGCAAUUUGUUAUGAGUGCUCAUGACUUGAAUGUAGCGAAAAAAAGAAUCUCUCCUUAGGAAUGAACACUUAGAACUUGGUUAUCUUACACUAACACAGGUAUAAUCAAUCUCUCUGUAAUGUAAAGUGGCAAGGCAAUUUUUUUGUUCUGUUAUCGAGUAAAAGAUAAUUUUGGCAAAAAGUUGCCGUUUUGAGAAUAUUAAUGCAUAGAUUCAAUACUUGUGUAAAAUAAUAAAUUAUAUUAUGCUUUGGGGGGAUUUGUAGGGUAAGUGGGGAGAGAUGUUGCCGAUCACUUUUUUUUAUCUUCUUCAACUGUGAUAUGUCGCCUCUGAAGCGACUCCUGUGAAAUUGAUGUGGUAAUUUUGUUGAGAAUUAUUUGACAAAGAUCAAUGAAUUUGAAUGUGUAAUAAUAGUGUUGUGAUUUUACUAUACUGUGGCGUUAGUGUCAAAUGAGACUGGUACGGUACCGUAUGCAUUAAAUAAAUCUUGAUUGUAGAUAACACCAGCUGA